GCCCGUCUGGAGAAGACGUGCUCGCCUACUUCAAGAAGCUCGGGGUCGACAGUUCGGCCAUUGGGGCCGUCGAGGAGGCGGAGCGCAAGGCUGCGGAAACCGCGAAGAAGAAGGUGCCCACCGCCCAAGCCGCGCGCUGGAAGGUGGAGAACCUCAAGACGAGGGUGGGGAAGCUGGAGUCUCGAGUCAAGGACAUCAAGACGCAGCAGGACACCCUCGCCAAGGAGCUGGCAGAGGCCAAUGAGGCAGCGGUCAAGGCUCGGGCGGACCUUGAGCAAGCCCAGGCCAUGCUGUGCCAGGCCCACGUGCGGGAGUUCGACAACCCGUUGCAGGCCAUCUCGGCCGGAUUGGAUGAGUCCGUCUUCCAGUCCCCUGAGGGCAAGGCAGCGCUGGAACUGCUCCAGAAGCUCCAGCACGUGGCCGAUGAGAGCAAGCGUGCCGCUGACGCUACUCCGGUUGCUGGUAGGGCUCCCGCUGCUGAGCCGGCUGGCCGCCAGCCAGGUGCUGGAGAGCUCCCCGGGCAAGAGGUCCCAGCCAGGGAUGGCGAUGACGACGACAUGGACAUGGGAGCCUUGGACGAUCCAGACUAUGAGCGGAAGCAGGAGGCCUUCACUCAGGCAGCUGCCGACCUCCGCUCGGCGCAGGAGGCGCACCGUGAGGAGGCCAAGCGCAAGUACCGAGAGGCCGCUGCAGCCUUGGGCCUCGCG